AUGAGUGAUAGUAGAUUAGAUAAAUCCGAAUGUAAUGUAAUUAGUAAUAAUAAUAAUAAUAGUAAUAUCAAUAAAAGUAAUAGCACGUUGUUAAAAGAUAGAAUUGCAAGAUUAUCAAUUGAUCAUUAUGAAAAGUUAGCAAAGAAAGGUAAACCAAAUGAAAAAGAAUGGACCGUCAUUGCAUCUAUCGUCGCUAUUGAGUCUAUGAACAAUGAUAUCACCAACAACAACAACAACAACAACCAAAACAACAUUGAUAUCGACAACUCUAAAAUGACCGUAUUAUCGAUUGGCACUGGUAAUAGAUGUGUUGGUAAACAAUCAAUGUCGUUGAAUGGUGAUGUCAUUAAUGAUUCACAUGCUGAGAUCAUAUGUAAACGUUCAUUUCAAAGAUAUCUUUAUAAUGAUAUCAUUGCUUUAUUAUCAAACAUAGAUAAUAAUAAUAACAGCAACAAAAACAACAACAACAAUAAUCAAUAUAAGAGUAUCAUUCUUCAACCAAUCGAAAAUAAUAAUAACAACAACAAAAACAACAAAAACAACAGCCAUACACUAUUUAAAUUAAAAGAUAAUGUAUCUAUACAUUUCUAUGUAAACCAAACUCCAUGUGGAGAUUGUUCAAUAUAUCCAACCAACAAUGAAAAUAACGAUACAUCUAGUGGUGAUGUUACUGCUUCUGCUGCUGCUGCUGGUGAAAAGAGAAAAAGAUAUGAUAAUGAUGAUAAUAGUAAAGUUGAAGAUUUAGAGGAAAACAAAGUUGAAACAACCAAAAAGAUAAAAUGCAAUGCCAAUGUGGUGGUUGAUGAUAUUCAAAGGACUGGAGCCAAACCAGUUCCAGGAGAGCCAGAGGAUAAGAGAUUGGACGGCUCAGAGUAUCAUCAGACAGGUAUACUGAGAAUAAAGCCAGGUAGAGGUGAUCCUACGCUAUCGAUGUCCUGCAGUGAUAAGAUUGCUCGUUGGAACAUCUUAGGUAUACAAGGUUCACUUCUUUCACACUUUGUAGAGCCAAUCUAUCUUUCAUCUAUAACAAUAACCGAUCUCUUCAAUCCCGACAGUUGUAAACGUGCAUUAUACGAUCGUGUAAAUAUUGACUUGAACAACAACAACAAUCAUAAUAUUAAUAAUAAUAAUAAUAAUAAUAAUUGUAAUAGUAGUAAUGAUAAUAGUAACGAUAUAUCAACAACGACAAUAACAACAAAUGAUAAUCAAAAUAUAGAGUUUCAGUGCUCAAAAAAACAAUUAGAGUUAAAAUUCAGUUCUCCUAUUUCAUCUGGAUUCGUUAGACAUUCAACAGUCGAUAGUUAA